AUGAAUAUCACCCUGGCCGCCCUCGACAAUGCGAUUGUUGUAGCCAGAGACACCAGGACCCCCAAAUUCAAUUAUGAAUUCCUCAUCUUUGUCGCCCUGUGCUGCAUCCUGGCCAUCUUCUUCCUCCUAUACUUCAAUCGAGUCUUUGCGUCGGUCGUUUCCUACUUCAUCCGAGCCUACACCUGGCACCAGUAUCGAGUCUAUAUCGACAUCAAGGCCAUUCAAAUAUCUCUUCUAGGUGGUCGAGUCUUCUUUACGGGUUUACGGUAUCAUGGCGAGAACGAGACGUUUAUGGUCCAGCAUGGUUACAUUACAUGGAGAUAUUGGCUUCGACGAGUUCGCGACGCAGACAUCACAGACUCCCGACGAUCCAAGCUGCCGACCACCGAUGCUACACCGUCGAGCGACAUAAAAAAUUCCGAGCUUCCCUGUCGUAUACAAGUGGACCUGAUCGGCUUGGAGUGGUUUGUGUACAAUCGAAGUCCAGCGUACGAUACCGUCCUUUCCGGUCUUACCCAGCACCAUGACCCAGAUGCUCGAUCGAGUGGUGUGUCGGAAAAGGAUGAAUCUGCAUUGAGAGCUCGGGGCCCCAAGCUGGAGAGGGAUGCUGAAGGUGAAAAGGGGCUGGACGAGAAGCAAGAUGCGGACGCUCAGGCGAGGUACGUGUACCGGCGCACGACGACAGGUCUCGGAAGCGGCGAGGACGACGAAAACACCCACAGCUGUGAAAUGGAGCUACCAUUCAUGAUCCAGCUGUUCCCUAUACAUCUCCGCUGUCAAAAGGCCGCUGCUGUCAUGGGCAGUGAGAACACAAAGGCGAUCCUCGUUGCCAGGGCAGACUCGCUUGACGUGGAAGUUGACGCUUCAGAAACUACCACGCGCGAUCCUUACAGGCAAACCUUCAAGGUUCAAUUCAAACAUCCAGUCAUCGAGUUCAAGGAUAAUGAGGACUUCAAGGAGGACCAAGCCACCCGGGCCACCCGAGAUCGCGACACUACUCCAAGUCAGGAGGCGGUCUCGAAGCGAUCACUCUUCCGUCAUCAUCGGCGAAGAGCUGUCAACUCUCUGCGCAAUCUGGUGCCCUAUUGGCGGCGCUCUGUUGAGUCCUUCUCUACCGAUUCACGAGCCGCGAACACCGGAGCUUCGCAGGUUCCAGGUGCCAACCAAUGGCAAGGAUUAACACGUUAUCUGGAUGACCGCGACCGGGACGACAGGGCUCGCUGGGGAGCAGUUGAGUAUGCCGCUGUGACUACAGUCUUGGAUAGCCCUGAAGCGGUAUUGACCGUGUACUGGGACGCUGUGGGAAAAGUCCCUGAUCGAGGCCAUGGGAAUUCUAAGGCGUUCCCACUCAAUAUUAACGGGAGUGAGCCUCCGGCCUGGGGUAUGAAUUUCUCCGUUAAAGGAGGAACCAUGAACUACGGCCCAUGGGCAGAUCGUCAAAGGGCAGAUUUGCAGCGAUUCUUUUUCCCGUCACUCUGCAAAGACGCAACCCCUGCGAGACCGCUGAAGCCAGGGGACUGGAGAGCCGCUACAACCUUCUCGCUUUACGUUGAAAUAGACGACACGGUUACUUUGAGAGUUCCUAUAAGGGAGGAGUCCAAGAACUGGCGUUGGCGAGGCAAGGAACCAGCGAUGAAACACCAGAAAGCGCCCACGAAGCGGAAACAGAGAAACAGGGCGAAAAAGAACAGCAAAGGAGAUGCCACCCAGCUUCGCCCUGCGGGAUGGUUGGAGGUAAAGCUUCCAGCCAACUCUUCGGUCAAGUUCAAUAUGGAUAUGAUGGCAAGCUCGACUGGUUACACAACGAAACUCGACGUCGACCUGCCCAGCUCAGAGCUCUGGAGUUCUGUCAACCACGAUCUGCUCUGGCGAUCAAGUGCUCUGCAGGUAUCCUGUGAUCUCUCUAACCCGCUCUCCUGGAACUCGCUCAGGAAUUGGAACUUCAGCAUUACCAGCUCCAAGAUGGAUCUGUUCAUCUUGAGAGACCACAUCUUCCUUCUUGUUGACCUGGUUGAUGACUGGACAACUGGCCCGCCGGCAGACUAUCUCGUGUUCGUGCCUUUCAAAUACCACGUUCACCUGAAGCUGCAAUCGUUGCAGCUCUACCUCAACGUCAACGAGGCCAACAUCAUUGACAAAGCAACCGUGAUAGAAGACAACACUUAUCUGGUUCUCUCUAGCCCUUGCCUGACGGCUGAGGCCUGUAUCCCUAUCGACAGCUUCCGACCUAGCAAGAAUGCCAUUCCUUUUGAUGUUCGUGCUGAUCAGCUGGAUCUGGCACUUCGGGUUCCCCAGUGGAAUACGCAGGCGGCGUUUCUCUCCUCACAAGACUUUGGUCACAUCGAAGGUCUCGUGGUGGACGGCAGUUACAAUUACAAUGCGACAACAUCGACCACAAACACGGAUACGCUCAUCCUCAAUGUUCGUGGCCAGUCCCCCUACGUCUACUUGUAUGGCUUCCUUAUCCGGUAUAUCAUCCUGCUGAAGGACAAUUACUUCGGAGAUUAUGUCCACUUCAGAACCUUGGAUGAGUAUCAAAAUCAACUCCAGUUGAAGGAGAAGAACCCAGGUGCCGAGGCCGCAAAUCAGCCACCCACUAAAAAGUCAAACGAUAUGGACGUUAUCCUUGGUGUCAAAGUUGAAGAUCUCAGGAUCCUGCUGCCAACCAAUCUCUACUCAGCAGAUCGCUUCGUCCAAGGAGAACUUGCCAGCGUCGCCGCUGAUUUGCGUUUUACAAAUUACUUCAUGGAGGUCGAGAUUGAGGUUAGCCCCGUGAGUCUCUCAUUGGGCAGUUCGGAGGGUGCUCUGGAUUCUCCUGGCAUGUCAUCGUCGAAUACCCAGCUGUUUAUCGAUGGCGUGCGCUUAUAUGGCCAUAAACUAUUUGGUCUGCCGCCCACAGAGCCCGCCUACGUCUGCAACUGGGAUGUCAGUGUCGGUAGCAUUGCAGGAGAGUGCACUUCCGAAUUCCUUGUUGCAGUGGCAAGAGGCGGCAAGGCGGUUGCUUUCUCUUUUGACGAUGUCGAGAACGCCUUGGUACCAUACUCGUCUCUGGUGUUCUUCGAUAUCACCUUUGCGCGAGUCGCUGUCGAGUCUGUCCAGGUGUGGUUACACGUCGAUGAAGCAGCGUUUCUGGUAUCAACCGACGCCAUCGAUGUGAAUUUCAAUGAUUGGGCUCGGUCACACUAUUCGAAGCGUGCCGACAUUGUCGUCCCAAACAUCCAAGUAUCGUGUGUCAACGCGGAAUCAGCAGCAAGGCAGAAGUCCAGAUACCAACACCCCGUGGAAACGGAAGCUCACCUGCAAACCACUGUCCGACUUGCUGUGAUUGGACGCAAGUUCAACUUCACCGAAGAAAGGAAAAUUCAGCAAGAGCUAGUGCAGCGGGAAGAUCAACGGACACAUCGAGCCGAGUUUCUCAUUCUACCGGAAUACUUGGAUGAUCUUGUCCCAGAAGUGGUUGAUCCGCCAGCGCAGUGUGCGCCUCCUCCGCCUCAUCCAGCCAUCUCACUCGAGGGCGAGGACGAAGACGUUUCGUACAGAACGUUGGCAUCACGCCGGUCCCGAGGCUUGAGCCACAAAUCUUCAUUCCUUUCCCUUGCCGCUUCAGAGAACGGCAGCGUUAUUCUAGCACCGAGUCAACACCGUGCUCGAUCCAGAUCAAACCAGGGCAAUUACCUCGAUACUGGGUCUGGUUUGUUGGACAAUCGACCAACUUUGAGGCAGAAGGGAUCGUUUGUAUCACAUUACUCAACUGGAGAUUACGCUACAAAGGAGGGCCUUGCUCACUCUUCUGUGGCUUUCUCCAGCCAGUAUGUCUCGCCACACUUCCCGCUGCAGGGUCUGCAGCCUAGUACACGGGAGGUUCCAGUUCAGAGCACUGAAGAAGGCGAUGAAGAUGCCAUGUUUGACACAAUGUCGAUCGGGUUGGAUGACAUUGAUCCAAAUGGACUGAGCGAGGAUCACCCCUAUUUCAGUGCCUUGGUUGAGUUCCCCUCUGGCAUAUCAGCAUUUGCCAACCCAUCUUCAAUACGCUACGCCGCCUCCCUCUUGGAUGCCUUGCAGCCGAAUGAACCAGAGGAUUUGUUGGACGCCUUCCAGAUCGAUGCCAUGACUAAAAUCUUCGACCUACAGAAAGAACGGGGAACCAGUGGCCAGAUCAAGGAUUUUAUGGUUCGAGUGCCCAAUGCCAACUUCCGACUUCUCAACCCGACAUCUGAGGACCCUUCGGACUAUGUUGAAGACGAGCAGGACCAGUAUGACCUCACAAUUUCAAAGGUGUCAUUGGUUGCUCGAACGACAACCAACUGGGAGGACCCUUUCAAGGAGGAAACGCGCAAUUCAAAGACUUCGCUUCAACUACGGCUGGGAUCAGCUGAGAUUUCGGCGUCCGAGCGUAAGUCGUCGCUUCAGGAACCUCAGCCGGCAGUCAUGGCACAGAUUGAUGAGGUCACUGUGUCAGUUGGUGCGAAAGAAAUCAGGUUCUUCGAAGCCGAGAUCGGCUCCGUGGUUGGAAGCACUGCUUCGGGCAAGAUUGAGUACCUGGCGUCGUUGAUCCAUCGAACUGGCACUGUUGCAACUGAGUUGGGGCAUCUGCUUUCUGAGACCAUCACAAAGCACCAGAACCGCCACAGGUACUUCACAUAUCGCCUUCUUGAAGAGGGCCAGUCGACUAAUGACCCAUCUUUCGUGGUCCGACCUUCGGCUGUGCUUCGAUCAGCGAACGAGCACCUUCGCACGUUUGAUUCUUGGAAGUUGGCGAUGCGACUUCGUCAGAUAUGGGCAACUAUGGAAGAGCACACCAGGGCUCAACUCAUCCAUCAAUGUUUGACUGGUUCUCCUGAUGUCCCUGCGAACGCGGUAGAGUACGCGAUAGCAGCACUUCAAAAGUGGCGUGGCUGGGACUUGGAGGACCUGGCGCAUUCGCUCGUCUUAGUGAACAUCUUCGGUCCGAUCGAAGAAGUAGAUACAGGUCAUGAUGACCAGCUUCCUCUCUCCGGUACUUGCAGGCUCGGAGAAUUGCAGCUCGUUCUCGACCCGGGCCCGAAGCAAAACAAACUCGGCUUCAUCGAUCUGGCCGCUAGAAUCGCCCAGCAGAUGCCCGAAGCCGUGGAGGAUCAAGACGAGAGCGCGAAGCCAAGCGUCCCCCUAACGACGUUGAAUAUCUCCUGCGCGGAAGCAGGCAUCAAUCUGAACUGGGAACUCUGCGAACUGGCUGAAGACGUAUUGCAACUAUACAGCAAGAGCCAAGGCCAAACUCAAUCCAUGCCCGUCAUCCCCAAGCCGAAACGCCCAGCGAAGCCAAAUCCUGCUGCUUGGCCACCGGUCCACGUAGUUGUGGAAGUGACUCGAGGUGCGGUGGAAUUGGAAACCAUCAACCUCAGAGCCAAGACAUUGAGUCAUGGGCUGAAGAUGUCAAUUCUUCACCAAGCUGGAGUCGACACUUCGAGCUCGCUGAGCCUGAUGCUGAACUGCAACGCCAUCACUUCCUCGCUACACAGUAACGCUCAUGCUCUGGGAAUGUCUCAACUGAAGCACCCAAGCAUUUUCCUGUCACACGAACUCCAUGACAUUGACGGCACGUCAAGCCAUACCGUCAAGGCCAGUGCCAGCAGUCGAAACCUGACCAUUGCGGUGAAGGAGGACCCGAUUGGACUGAUGGAAGUUCUCGACCGUCUCUUCGGUGACGAGAUUCAUCAAGUAUACGGUCUGAAGAGCCAACUUUCCAGCUUGUCAAAGCCCAAGGAGCCGAAAGAACAGAAGAGGAUGUCGGACCGGCUCUCGAGCGUGAGGGUCAAUCUCGCCAUGUUCCUUGACGAGUACAGCGUCUCGAUUCCUUUCCUGCAAUCUCUAACGUACAAAAUCACCGGAACCGUGGCGCGAGCGGCAACAGCAGCCAACUUUGGAAAAGAAGUCAUCUUUGAUUUCGACAUCAAAGAAAACUAUCACGAGAUGCAGAUCAAUGUCAGGAAUGAGCCUCGUAGCAUUUCUCUUCUGCAGAUCCCUCCAACCAAUGGCCGCAUCACCAGCCACAUGAGCCAGACGGAACACCAGAUUAACGUUCUCUCAUCGUUAGAAGUCGUUCACCUGGACGCAUCCGCCGUCUACAGCCUUCUCACUGCACUCAACAGGCCCCAGAUAUCCAGUGCCAUCCAAGAGCUGCAGGAGCAGACCAAGAUCAUUCAGGGGCAUGUCUCGGAAAUCUUUGGCUCUGACGAGCUUGAGAUAGCGGAGCCUGUAAUUGAGCCGAUUAGGUUGGAUCAUCCAAGUGUCAAGGUCGUGUACAAUGUUCAUUUGACGUUGGCUGGCCUCCAUGUCUUUGCCAAGACGUCUCUCAAGUCUGAAGUUGAGCCCAUGGCUCAAGUUCUCUUCUCUCUGGACAGGGCUCAUCUGCACGCGUCUAACCGACACGAGACACAUGGCCCUAUCCUGAAGUACCCGGAGCUCCACGUCAACCUUAGUCACAUUGGUCUUGAUAUCCGAAGAGGUCGUGAGGGCUCCAUGAGAUCCUGCGGGAGCUUGGGUGUGGGCGUGACGGUUUCCGCCAGCUCAACCCUGGGCUCAGACGGCAAAGAAGAUUGGUCCUUCAACUUCAGCAGCGACGACUUUGAAUGCAACCUGGCCCCGGAAACCAUCUCGACCGUCGUUGAUGUUCUGGGGUACAUGGGCGAGAAGAUCAAAGAUCUGGAUACCUCCCGCGAGCUGGAAUACCUGAGAAAGCUACGACAGUCCAAGCCAAGAAUCACCAUCAACGGCGACGAGGAGCUACCGGAAGAAGUCGACAUCAUCGACUCGGUUCUUGCAUCAGUUCAAUAUCAGUUCGAGCUUCGAAACAUUCGCGUCUGCUGGAUCGUUGCAGACAGCAGUGCUGAUGAGUCAAGCACCAAGGAGGAUCUUGUCUUGUCGGUCAAACUGUUCGAAUUUGGCACCAGAACUCGACGAUCUGCUCGACUGUCGAUCGAAAACUUCCAGCUUCAGAUGGUGCCUCCUGGUCAGGAUAUGAAUAUUCGCUCACUUCACUCGGCGCUGCUUCCCGUGGUCACAUUCAAUAUUGCCUACAUGUCAACUGCCUCUGCACGACGCAUGGCAUUCCAGGCUGUGGGUGAGUCUUUGGAUCUGCGGCUGACGUCCGCCUUUAUUGUGCCAGCUGCACAUUUGACCGAGUCCAUCAUGCUUUCGCUGAACAAUGUGGCACAAGCAUCGACGCAAUGGAAUACUGCAGUGACAACAGAGAAGAAGCCAGACGAGGCACCCAAAACGGGGCAACAGCGAAGCAUCUUUGGCAACAAGAGGCUGGAGAGUUUGCUUAUCGACGCAGAUUUUGCCGGUGCUGUUGUCUACAUUGCCAACAAGAAGGCGAUGGACAGUUCCAAAAACUCGUUCGGACGUUCUUCGAUGGCUGGCAAGUAUGGUCAGUUCAACACGGAGGAUUCUGGAAGUGGAACGGCCCUUCGCAGUCCUGGCCUAGCCUGGAAAGUCGAAUACAGGGAUGAUGCGCAGGAUGACCCUUCGCUCUAUGGAGAGAUCAAGGUGGACGCUUCCAGCAACAUCAUCUACCCUUCUGUUGUUCCGCUCGUGAUGGACAUGUUGUCAAGCGUGAAAGAGGUUGUCAAGGACGACGACGAAGCCGCGCCAGCCAAAGAACCGGAGCCAUCCAAGCCCAAGGUUCACAAGUCCGGAGACGAGGAUAACAUCAUCACUGCGGAUCCCAGCGCUGUGCUAGGCCGUCUCAAGCUCAACUUGGGCCUGCGCAUUUGCAGACAAGAGUUCUCGCUGAGCUGUCAACCAAUCGCCCGUGUCGCCGCCACGACGUGCUUCGACAACAUCUACUUCACUGUCAAUACCGUUCGGUCAUCAGAGCAAGGCAACUUCUUUGCGAUUUCCGGAGACUUUACCAAGUUGCAAGCGUCUGUACAGCACGUGUACUCACGCGAGUCCACCGCAAGCUUUGAACUGGACUCGAUCACGCUUUCGUUCAUGAACAGCAAGCACGUUAGUGGAACCAGCGGAGUUUCGGCCAUCAUCAACGUGAGCCCCAUGGUGGUGUCCAUCAACGCCAAGCAAGCACAAGACUUCUUGUUGUUCCGUGAGAUUUGGUAUCCCAGCGAGUUGCGAUCACCACCCACAGCUCCUGUCGCGAAGCUGGCAACUGAGACUUCUCAGGGCGGCCAUCUAGUCCAGAGAUAUCAGCAAGUGGCGGCAACAGCCGCGUUCCCAUGGACUGUGACUCUUUCCAUCGCAGCCCUGGACGUCACUAUCGACCUUGGACAAGCCAUUGGCAAAUCUGCCUUUGCGAUCAAAAAGUUCUGGGUGUCAUCCAAGAAGACGUCGGAUUGGGAACAGAACCUCUGCCUCGGCUUCGAUAGGAUCGGUGUUGACUGCACUGGUCGCCUGAGCGGCUUCGUGGCCUUGCAAGAUUUCCGUCUGCGAAGUUCGAUUCAGUGGCCGAAACGAGAAGAGGCACUCAACGAGACACCCCUGGUUCAGGCGUCGAUCGCCUUCAAUGCAUUCCGAGUCAAGGCUGCGUUUGAUUAUCAAGCCUUCUUGGUUGCUGACAUUACUUCUUUGGAGUUCCUCAUGUACAACGUACGUGAAAGUCUCGAAGGGAGUGGAGAUAGACUGGUUGCAAUGCUCGAUGGCGAGGCAGUGCAAAUCUUUGGCACAACAACAUCGGCGGCCCAGGGCAUUGCUUUGUGGCAGGCAAUCCAGAAGCUUGUUCAAGAAAGGAGGGAGAGCUUCGAGAGCUCCCUGAAGGAGAUCGAGAAAUUCAUGAGCCGGAGGUCCACGGCUUCGCGAAACACACUGCCACAGAUCGAGCUACCACCGAAGCUGAAGGUGGAAGACACAUUGUCCAAAUCACCCAUCUCCCUGGACACCGAUGUGGUUGUGACACUCAAGGCACUCAACUUGGGCGUAUUCCCUAGCACAUUCUCAGAUCAUCAAGUGUUCAAGGUAGAGGCGUUGAACGCCUAUGCUCGGUUCGCAGCCAGCAUGGAGCAAAGGCGCAUUCACAGCAUCUUGAGGAUGAUGCUGGGUCAGCUUCGUAUUGGUCUUGCUGGCGUUCGCAACGUGGAGGCGCCCAAGACGUUGAGCGAGAUUUCUGUCGAAGAUGUGGUUCAACGAGCAACAGGAUCACGAGGCGGGACGAUCCUCAACGUUCCCCAGGUUUCUGCAGUCAUGGAGACAUGGCAGAAGCCACGAGCAAACGAGAUCAGCUAUAUCUUCAAGAGUGCAUUCGAGGGCAAGGUGGAAGUGGGGUGGAACUUCUCCCGCGUCAGCUACAUCCGAGGCAUGUUUGCAAAUCACUCCAAGGCACUGGAGCAGAUCUGGGGUAAGGAAAUCCCCCUGACAGCGGUCAAGAUCAGGGGAGUUCCAGGAGCAGAAGAGGGAGAGGGUGAACAGCAGAAGAUCACGGCAGAAGUCAACGUGCCCGUAUCCAAGUACGACUACGUGGCGCUGGAGCCGCCCAUUAUCGAGACGCCGCAGCUGCGUGACAUGGGCGAGGCGACGCCGCCACUUGAAUGGAUCGGUCUGCACCGUGAUCGACUGCCGAACUUGACACAUCAGAUUGUCAUUGUGUCACUGUUGGAGUUGGCUGGCGAGGUAGAGGAUGCUUAUGCUCGCAUUUUGGGAUCAUCAUGA